AUGGAGGCCAAAAAUAAGCAGAAGUGGGAAGCGUCUAGUGAAAAACCAUCAGAAACCCAAGACAGCUCUGAAAAGGAUUUGUUUGUGCUUGGUUACUGUGGCAAUGGCAGAUGGGGCCACUUCUGCAGCCCGCAGCUCGCUGCCCAGGACGCGGCGUGGCAGGGAGACCAGCUGUCCUCUCAGCUCUACAGAAACAAGCAGCUUCAAGAUACUUUGCUUCAGAAGGAAGAGGAACUUGCUAGGUUACAUGAAGAAAAUAAUAACCUCCGACAAUACCUGAAUUCUGCCCUGAUUAAGUGUUUAGAAGAAAAAGCCAAGAAACUACUGUCUGGCCACGGGCAAAAAACUUGUGCUAUCCUCAAAAGUACCAAGAGGAGAUUAAAAGAGGACCACUGCUUUGUUCCUCAAGAAACUCCUCAUGCUUCCAAAGCUAGAAGAAACCUCUUCAAUGAAUUCACUGCCUGUGAAGAGCAAGCCAGCCCUGCUGUGGACAGCUGGGUCUUACAGACUUUAGGAUUAAAAGAUGUGAACACUAUUGAUGAAGCUUCAGCUAACUACAGUGCCCUGUCCCCAGCCCUUGGAACUGACACAUACUGCCUGAGCCCUGGGGGAGCAGUAGACUAUGAGCACAGGGAAGGAGCAGCAGCAGUGUUUAGCUGCAGCCACAUGCCUCCAGGCAGCAGCAGCACCCAUCCACGCAGCCAGGAUUCUGCCUUCCUUCCUCAGUUUUCUUCAGCACCGUGCAUCUCCUCACCAGUGCCGAGUGUUUCCUCCCUCCCAGCCUAUGGGUUGCCUUAUUUGACUGGUGGUUUGUCACCCAACAAAACAGAAGUGGCCUUCACCACGUCCCUGAGUCCCCACCGCAACGUGAGAACGCACAGCUUCCACCAAGGACAGGCCUUCGUGCGCAGGGACGACGAUGGGGGAUGGAGGUUCACCUGGGUGCCCAAGCAGGCUGAAUGAUGCACCUGGAUCAAGGCUCAGCCACUGGGGAUCUAGGAGUCACACUUUACCUUGUGCACGAGACAGGUUCAGGCAGCAAAAAGGAGCUCCUCUGGGCUUCUCUAAAUGCUGCUCUGUCACUAACCCACUCCUCAUUCCCUCACAGAUUUUCACAGAUGUGACUCCAGAUUGUACUUGGAGUAUUAUCUGCCCCAGAUGUUCAAUUUGGAUUCUUUUCCUGGGUUGACCUGCUUUUACUUGUUUCCUGGGUUUUUAUCAUCAGCUCUUCCUUGUUACUGGUAGUAUCCAGGCUGGAGGGCUUUCAGCUUUGAUGAUCACUCUCACAGGCACCAAACUGGAAAGCACUUUGGGAAUACACCUGUCUCACUUUGGAAAUAACACCUCUCUCACAGAUAUCCACAGCUAACAAAGGAGGCUGAGGAUCAGCAGUUUCUAAGGGAUUUAUGUGUCUCUUGACUACUCCGAUUGCCUUGGAUUUAACAAGUAUCCAUGGUUGCCUUAGGUGCUGCACAAGACUGACCUACCUGCAGUUCCGUGUCACAUUCUUUGAUAAUGCCUCAAAAUAAAAGCAGGAUUUACUUCUAAUGCCUGGAGGCUACUUAGUGAUUUGGCAAGUGAGGGGAUCUUCGUAAGGAGUGAUUAAGAGACUAAUGUGUUUACUAAUAUGUUUUAAAGGUAUUUUGUCUGUCAAUAAAGAGAGUUUAUAUUUGGGGAGGCAGUAUCACUUAGUGAUUGGAAUGGGUCUUUGGGAACCCCAGCCUUCAAUGCCAGCUCCUGCCUCUCUGUGUCUGCCUGACUGUGAUGGGCUGAGGGUAAGACCAGCACUACUUUGAGAAUAAAACUCUCUGAGAGAAGGUGCUCUAGCACUGUACAGGACUUAACUUUCAGUAGUGCUACUACAUGAUAUUAAUGCUGUGAUGAUAUGAAGUCAGUAGACAUGAAGGAAGUUCACCAGUAUGUUUUCUGUUACCUUUGCCUUCAGUUCUACAGUAGUUUGAUGCCUAAGUACUCAAAAUAGAUUGACUUGGUUAUUCUUGCUUUCAGAAUGGGGCCACUGACACUGAGGAAGGACUUAAGUAAAAAUAACCAAAAUUGAGGAUUUUCUUUCAGUGGAUUCUUUUCCUAUAGAAAACUGGAUAUUCCUCUAUUUUUAGAGGAUAAAAAUAUUUUCCAAUAUUGUGCCUUAGAAUUGCAAUAUUUGAGACACUCCAUCAGGAGCAGUAAUGAUUUCCCAAAGGACUUCUAAGUAAACAAACUAUAUUUCUGAGUAGUUACUUUAAAGUAAAUGUGGCAGACUUCUAGAAUAAGAAAUUGGAAAGCAUUGAUUGUAGGCAUUAUUUCACUGGAUUAAAAAGCAACCAAACAAAAAAACACCACAAACCCACACAACAACCACUGCAAAAGAAAACCAUGACAAAAACUCGGUAAACCCCAAAAAACCCAAACCAAACAAUGCUCAUGGAAUAAAUGCAAGUAUUUGGGGGGCUUGCUGUAGUCCAUAAAAUUGUUGUCGAUUGAUGAAGACUGGUCAGACAGGACCAUUGCUUCUGUAGCACUUUUCUGCUUUUCAGUGAAAGUUGGAGAAAAAUCCUCAUUUUUGUUUCUCAAUGCAUUUCUUUUCUAUUAUUCUCCCCUUGCCCCAGUAUGUAAGAGAGCAUUGAAGAAAAUAUUCCUGUCACUGGAGUUUUUGUGGGAGUGUAGAAAAUGCCUGAACUUAACCUGAGUGUGUGAUGGGAACCCCUGGUACGGGUGAUGUGGGGGAUGCACAGCAAAGUGGGAAUACACAGUGUGGCCAGAGGACUACACCCAACACAGCUCUAGAUGCCACAUCUCUCAAAGCAGCUGUAAAGCAGAAGUAGAGAAACAUCUGUCUAUGUUUUCUAACACUAUUGAAUGCUAUUAUGUGUGAAUUUCAAUGCUGUGGAGUCAGCAGCACCA